CUUAAACCGGACGUCGAGUUGUUUUUGUUUAGUGUGUGGGGGGGUUGAGCCCUACCGGCUCGAGCUUAUAUGGGAUGUUUUACUGGCUCUCUUCGUAUUUCUAUCUAUCUGAAGCAGGUGAAUGCAGCGGGGCGAAUGGCGUAGGACAGACUCGGUAGUUUAUCAGGUUAUUUCGGGGUUUUGAACAGGGAUGGAUACGCGGGUGUCGGAGCUUUUCGGGACCGCUGCCACACAAAAGUCCAGCUCUCAGGCGGCGACUAAUGGUGCUGCCAGCAGAAAAACCGCCAAAAAUGGCAGCAAAAAGUCCAAAAACCGGUCAGCCCGGUAUCCAAAAGCAAGCAAUAAUCCGCCUUAUCUACCUCCAGAGGCUGAAGAGGGAAACAUUGAGUACAAGCUGAAGCUGGUGAACCCCACUCAGUACCGCUUCGAGCACCUGGCCACACAGAUGAAGUGGAGGCUGCAGGAGGGCCGCGGCGAGGCUGUGUAUCAGAUCGGCGUGGAGGACAACGGCUUGCUGGUGGGCCUGUCAGAGGAAGACAUGAAAGCCUCUCUCAAAACUCUCCGCAGGAUGGCUGAGAAGGUGGGUGCAGACAUCACAGUUCUCAGAGAGAGGGAGGUCGAUUACGACUCUGACGAGCCACACAGAAUAGCCGAGGUCCUGGUCAGAAAAGUGCCAGAUGAUCAGCAGUUCUUGGACCUGCGGGUCGCUGUGCUGGGUAAUGUGGACUCGGGGAAGUCCACUCUGCUCGGUGUCCUUACGCAGGGAGAGCUGGACAACGGGAGAGGGAGAGCGCGACUCAAUCUCUUCAGACACCUGCAUGAGAUCCAGACAGGACGAACGUCUAGCAUCAGCAUCGAGAUAUUGGGCUUUGACAGCAAAGGAGUGGUGGUGAACUACAGUGAGUCCCGAACAGCAGAGGAAAUCUGUGAGAGUGCCUCAAAAAUGAUCACCUUCAUAGAUCUGGCCGGCCACCACAAAUAUCUGAAGACCACCAUCUUUGGCUUAACCAGCUACUGUCCAGACUUUGCCAUGCUUGUCGUCAGUGCCAACACGGGCAUUGCGGGUACGACACGUGAGCACUUGGGUCUGGCCAUGGCGUUGAAGGUGCCCAUCUUCAUUGUCGUGAGUAAGGUGGACCUGUGCGCCAAGAGCACCGUGGAGCGUACGGUCCGACAGCUGGAGCGGAUUCUCAAACAGCCUGGCUGUAACAAAGUGCCCAUGCUGGUGUCCUCGACAGACGACGCCGUCACUGCCGCCCAGAAGUUUGCACAGUCACCUAGCAUCACACCCAUUUUCACCCUGUCCAGCGUGUCUGGAGAGAGUCUUGAUUUGCUGAAGGUCUUCUUUAAUAUUCUACCUCCCCUCAGCAACAGCAAGGAGCAAGAGGAGCUCAUGCAGCAGCUCACUGAGUUUCAGGUUGAUGAGAUCUAUACAGUGCCAGAUGUGGGGACAGUCGUUGGUGGGACUCUUUACAGUGGCAUCUGCCGCGAGGGCGAGCAGCUGGUGGUUGGACCCACGGAUGACGGGAAGUUUCGGGAGCUGACAGUCUGCAGUAUCCAGAGGAAUCGCUCUGGAUGUAGGGUGCUCAGAGCUGGACAGGCAGCUACUUUGGCACUGGGCGAUUUCGACCGUUCGUUGUUACGAAAGGGUAUGGUGAUGGUUAGUCCAGAGAUGAACCCCACUAUCUGCUGGCGCUUUGAGGCAGAGAUCGUUUUGCUGUUCCAUGCCAAAACUUUCCAUAAGGGCUUCCAGGUGACUGUUCAUGUGGGCAAUGUUAGACAGACGGCCACAGUUGAGGCUCUGCAAGGAAAGGACGAGCUCCGCACCGGUGAGAAAGCUGUGGUUCGCUUCAGGUUCAUCAAACACCCGGAGUAUCUGAAGGUGGGCGCCAAGCUGCUCUUCAGAGAGGGAGUUACCAAAGGCAUCGGGCAGGUGACCAAACUACAGCCGGCGUCACAGUACCAGCACCAACCGUGACGCGCAUCCACCGCUUUCUUCUGUUCCCGUUCCGUUUGCUCGAGCCUUAGACACCAACCUCACGCCGAGACGAGCAGCUGUUCUCAUUCGAGAGGAUUCGCCUUUUCAUGUCAUAGUUUUAUCCACUUGUAGUGCGAAAGCACAGAUGUCUUUAUAUCAAACGAUGCACUGCAAAAUGAUCUUCUUCCUCCUUUUCCAGUACAAUCAUCUAAACAUUAUUUAGUCAAAAUACAUUUACUGGAGAAGUAAAAUGAUAUUAACUCUUGUUUUCUGAAGCAAAUGAAGUGCUUAAAGCAAGAACAAAAAUAACAGAAAUUAAGAUUACUUUUGGCAGAUAUUUGUUCUUGUUUUAAACUCAAUUUUGAUUAUUUUUUUCAGUAAACAAGACUUUGUAUCUUGAUUUAAGAAUGUUUAGAUAUUUGUGCUGGAAAACAAGACAGAAACACUGAGGAAGAAGAUAAUUUUUUGCAGUGUGUCUGCACAGCAUUCAGCUCAUAUCUUUCUUUUUAGUAUUCAGACGGCACUGAAUAACACAGUUCAUGACACAUUCACUGAAGCAGUCAUUACUCAGUAACCAAAGGACACAGAUUGUGUAUUAAAUGUGGCUGCCAAAGAUUUUCAUUUUGUUUUAAGAGGACAUUUUUAUAACUGAUGUCAAUGAAGAAUGGUUUCUUCUCAUGGCAGCUAGAGUUUGAAAUCAUCACCUGACCAGGAAACUCUGCUGUAUCAAAUGCCAGAAACUGUCUCUGAUAUCUUUUUAUUUAUUUUAUCGUUUUGUAACGAGGUUUUUUACCGAAGCGGCGCCAUCCGUCUUGAACAGCACAGCCUUUAGAUCUCUGCUAGAUAUAAAUACGCUGCUUAACCACCAAGUGUCCCUCCGUUCUCUCGCCAUCACCGCCUCUGAAAGCAUCAGAAGCGACUCUGCCUUGAAGUGACAGAAUGGCACGUGUCCGCCUGCACUCCAGUGCUUUAGUAGCUCAGGAAAGCUGUAGUUCUUCAGAAAGUUCACGCAGAUGAUGCUGAACUGGAGAAUUAUAUACACAUCAUUAUUUUGACAAAUUAUGCAAAGGAAUCUUUUAUCUCUACUGUCUCCCUUAGGUCCUAGAGUUUAUUACACCUGUGUUUCCCACAUGAACACUUGGUUUGGUGCUAACGCUUUUGAUUGACAUGUUUUUAGAUGUUGGGAGGGGGUGGAUGAGGGUUGUUAGAAAAACGUUCUUGCCUAAAAUCUGUCCUGUAAGCAUUGCAUGCGUGUACUGAAUACUGAACAGCAUAUCAGGACACAUGUUGUGUGUAACGUUCACUCUUUCAGGUUUCUACUCUUUCACUGUUCUGUGUUGCCUGUGCAAUUUUAGGAGAAAAAAAUGUAUUUGAACCAAAAAAUUAAGUUUUUGGAAAUUUAUAAAGAAUGUCGUAGGAUGUUUUAGUUACUUAGAUUUGUAAUAAUUUCCAUUCUAAUAUGCAUUAUUUUGAGUGACGUCUAAUUUUUACACCAAAUGUCACUUUUCUGGCUUCGGAUUCUAGAAGUUUUUUUGAGAUAUUUUAAAAUAUUUUAGCCUUACUUUUUGGUGAAUUGGAGUAUUUAUGUACAGAUUUGUUUGUAUAUUGUGAUGUACAUAAAUAAAAGUUUAUUAUAGUUUA